GAUGCUAAGAACCUUCAAAAGACCGUCAGCUUUGUCCAAAUACCACUUCAGCACCUCCCGACCCACCCUAAAAACACUCCACUUCCAAAACUCCUUAUCCAAAACCCUUGUUCCCUUCACUCCAUUAACAUCCCCACUCUCCUUCUACGUCUGUGGCCCUACCGUCUACUCCCACUCACACCUCGGGCACGCUCGAGCCUACACGACCACCGACAUGAUACGAAGAGUUCUUCGUGACUACUUCAACUACGAAGUCCAGUUCUGCAUGAACAUCACCGAUGUCGACGACAAGAUCAUCCACAAAAGUCACGAACAAGGCAAGGAAGUCAGACAAGUCGCCAAGGAAUUUGAGAAAGAAUUUAUGGACAGAAUGCAGGAUUUGGCAGUCGAGCCUCCAGAUUUUGUACCAAGAGUCAGUGAGUACGUGCAGGAGGUGGUCCAGUUUGUACAGAGGUUGGAGAAAAAGGGAUUUGCGUAUGAAGCUAAUGGGUCUGUGUAUUUUGAUGUGAAGGAGUAUUUGCAGAGAGGGAAUGAGUACCCGAAGCUUAAUAUAGCAGCCAAAGAGCAGUUAGAGAAGCUUCUUGAGGAGGGAGAAGGUGUUUUGAGCAAUGGUGAACUAAGUGGGGAAAAGAAAAGUCCCCAAGAUUUUGUAUUAUGGAAGAAAUCUAAAGAAAAUGAACCCUUUUGGGAAUCAAAAUGGGGGAAUGGGAGACCUGGAUGGCAUAUUGAGUGUUCAGUCAUGAGUCAUGAAGUUUUUCAAAGGUAUCCAAUAGAUAUCCACGCUGGUGGUGAAGAUUUAAAAUUUCCACAUCAUGAUAACGAAAUUGCUCAAUCAGAAGCUCAUCAUGGUUGAGAUAAAUGGGUUAAUUACUGGAUACAUAUUGGACAUUUACAUAUUGAUAAGCAAAAGAUGUCAAAGAGCUUAAAGAAUUUUAUAAAAAUUAAAGAAUUCUUGAAACUUUACUCAUCAAGACAAAUAAGAUUCUUAUUUUUGCUUCAAAAAUGGAACAAAAUAAUGAACUUUGAUCCUAAAGUAUCUAUGGCUGAGGCAAUUGCUAAAGAUAGCCAAUUUAGUGAAUUUUUCAAACAAGCUAGAGCAAUUGUCAGAAACUAUGAGAUUCAUCAGACUUCCCAAAAAUUUAAUAUGGAAGAUAAACAGUUGGAUUCUUUCCUGAGAGAUACAAAAGAAAGGGUUCAUCAUCACUUAUGAAAUAAUAUUGACACUCCUUCAGUGAUCAAUGAGUUGAGUUCAUUGAUCAUAAAGACAAAUUCUUACAUGAAAAGUGGAGAUAAUGAGCUCAAAGCUCCCUUAAUUCUCUCUAUUUCUAGGUUCAUUCUGAAGAUAUCUCAAUGCUUAGGACUUAUAAAUGACGAUCCAUUUGGGUUUGAUUCAACGCAAGAACUUACUGAUGAAACCUCUAUAGAACCCUUUGUUCAGGCAACUGUAGAUUUGAGAGAUAGAAUCAAGAAAUUAGUCUUUAAAAGCAAUAUUAAAAAGGAAUUAUUUGAAGAACUUGAUAAAAUUAGGGACGAAGACCUUGCUCGACUUGGAAUUCGAUUGGAAGAUUCAACCACAGGUGGAUCAUCUACUUGGAUAAAAGAGGAUCCUGAUGUCUUACUAAGUAAUAUUAAGGAAAGAAAGCUAGGGAAGAAACAGAAAACAAACAAAGCUAAGAAACCUAGUUAGUCCAAAAGAAAGAAAACUAUAUAACUUUUAAUAAAAA